GGCGUUUUGGCUCGUACGCCCAGAUGAUCAUACUAUCUGGUCCGUCCGUUUGUGCCUCGCGAUUUGUGCUGUGGGGAAAUUUGACUGAUAGGAAAUGGUGAAUACGCGGGUGGUGCGCGUACUGUUCUGGUGUACUGAACGGCAUUUAUUGGUGGUCCAGCUAGUGUCCGUCGGCUAGAUGACGGCGAAAUUCUUGAGCCGCCCGACCUGGAAAGUUGAUGAAAUCUUGGGCUGCCGGUCCAAGAUUUUUUCUCCAUCGCAACAGAUACGAUUAGCACCAGGUUGACCAUCUAGCGACGAUCCCGGGCUGGCAACCUACUGGAGACGACGGCGCACCUAGUGAGAUCUGGGCGGCCUAGGAGGCGGCGCCGCUGGCGAAGAAACUCCGGCGAAAUCUGCAGUCGCGCGCAGACAUGGAGUUCCCUGUAGGACAGGUCGACAGGUUGUUUUUCGGCGACUCGUCGGAGCUUGCUGGCAUCAUGGGGCCGGCGUACGGCGUGCGCAUUGAGGAAGAAGGGGCAGUCAGCGUGGUGGCGGAGGCGCACGAUACCGGCCGAGACGACGAAGCAGACAGCGUUGCAGCAGUGAGGCGAAUACAUGUACAGGGGCCGCAGCCUGAAGAGAGCGCCGGUGAAGUCGGGGAAGAAACUAGAGCGGCAGCGUCAAUGCAUUCAGGGGGCGCCAUGAAUGGGAAGAGGAAGAUUGUUGGUGGUGUUGGGCCAUCAGAAUCAGAGCAGUCUACUCUGAAGGUGAAUCCAGAAGCGCCGGGUUGGAUCAAAAGGGUGCGAGUUGGAGGACAUGCAACUGAACGAAGUCCUUGCCCAAACCGGGUUGGUACGUUAGAGAAGAUGAUCAGAAGUUACCCUGAGAGACGAGGAGAUUAUGUCCUUGAGCCAUCACUGGGCAUGACAUUUGAUUCGCUCGGCGAGGCAUAUGACUUCUACAACCUAUAUUCGUGGGAACACGGUUUUGGCGUUAGAUAUGGGAAGAGCCGGCUGAACCCACAGCGGACGAAGACAAUGCAAGAAAUAGUCUGCGGCUGUUCUGGGAAGCCUGCAGGUGAGAACACACGAUCCUGCCGCUGUGAGUGCCCAGCGCUCAUACGCUUGCUUCGGACAGAAGAUAAAGGCUGGUACAUAACCGAGCAGCGAGCGACUCACAACCACUCUCUUUCCAAAACUUGCGCAGAAAAAGUUUACUGGCCAUCGCAUAAGCACAUAGAUGUGUACACAAAGGAUUUGGUGAAACAGCUAAGGGAGAACAACGUAAACAUAGGCAAAGUGUACAGCAUAAUAGGGAGUUUCUUUGGGGGUGUUGGCAAUGUGCCGUUCACCAAGCGGACAUUGAAGAAUCUGUGUGGACGGAUAAGCAAGGAGCAAGCAGAUGACGAUGUGAGGAAGACAAUGGAGGUUUUUGCAGAGAUAGGAUCAAAGGAUCCUGAGUUCACAUACAGAGUGCUAGCUGAUUCGGACAGCCGGAUUAAGAAUUUGAUGUGGGCAAACGGAUCAAGCCGUAUGCAAUACAAAUAUUUCGGCGAUGUAAUUACAUUUGACACAACAUACAGGACAAAUUUAUAUGAUAUGCCGUUUGGGUUAUUUGUUGGGGUGAACAACCACUUCCAAAGUAUCAUUCUUGGGGGAGUGUUGCUGCGGGAUGAGCAGACAGAAAGCUUUGAAUGGGUGUUCGAGGAAUUUGUCCGGAUGAUGGGUGGUGUGCCACCAAAGACAAUCCUGACAGACCAGUGCAGAGCAAUGGAGGUGGCCAUAAGCAAAGUGCUGCCAGGAACAGUUCACAGGUGGUGCAAAUGGCACGUGCUGAAGAAGGCGAAGGAAUGCUUGGGUCCUCUAUACAGUAAGAAGAGCGAGUUCAGGUCAGAGUUCCACAAAGUUGUGAACCAUAUGCUGACAGAAGAAGAGUUCGAGACAGCUUGGGCAAUGCUGCUAGAGAAAUACAGUCUGAAGACACACCCGUUCCUGACGCAGAUUUAUGAGGUCAGGCACAAGUGGGCGAAGCCAUAUUUUCGGGGUGUUUUUUGUGCGAAGAUGACUAGCACACAGCGGAGCGAGAGCGCAAACAUGAUGUUGAAGAGCUACGUGCCGCCUGGAUGUGCAAUGAAUUUGUUUGUGAGGCACUACAUGCGUCUCCAGCAUGACCGCGAGAAGGACGAGGGUUAUCAGGAGAAACGAACAAAAGUGGCAAGUGCUGUACUUCAUGCUAACUUGUCAAUAGAGGAACAUGCUAGCAAGGUGUACACUAGAGCAAUGUUCGAGCAGUUCGGGCAUAACCUAUACAUGGCUGGGGCUUACCGUAUUGAGGAGGUUGAGAAAUACAAAUUGUACUUGGCGAAGCACACGAAGGCCCACAAGAGAGAGAAAUGGAGCCGGGUCGAAUUUCAGGUGAAGGUUGCUGAUGGCGGUGAAUUUUUUGAGUGUGAGUGUGGCCUGUUUGAGCACAUGGGAAUUGUCUGCAGCCAUACUAUAAAGGUUAUGGACUACCUGGGUGUGGAGGAAAUACCGAAGCGGCACAUCCUGAAGCGGUGGACAAGGGAUGCAAGGGAUGUGCUGCCAGUGCACCUUGAGGUAUACCAGAACGACCACGCCUCUAGCAGGUCUUUCACGUACAGACAUUCUUUGCUGUAUAGGAAAGCGCUUGAGCUGGUCAGGCUGGGUGAUGCAAGUGCGGAGGCAUACGAGAAGCUUGAUAGCUUGUUCGAUAGCAACCUAUCGAUAAUGACACCGUACGAUAGUAUGAGGGAUGGGCUUGGGCUAGAGGACAGGCCGGCGGAUCAACCAUAUGAAGUGGAAGCAGAGAGAGUGGUGGUGGACGACGGAUUGAUUAUGGCCGAGGAGCCGAAUCCUCUACUAGGGUUGGGAGCCCCAAUAAAAAAUCGCGGGGCUGGGAGGCCAACCACGAGCAGAGACAGGGCUCCUUACGAGGGGACCGGUGGACUGAGCAAGCGCACGCGUUUCUGCACAAUUUGCAGGUGUAGCGGGCACAAGAGGACGACAUGCCCACAGCGGGGAGACGCACCGAAACAGCCACGAAAAGUGGCGAAGUGCACGAGGUGUGGGUUGCCUGGGCAUCGUAGGACGACCUGCACAAAGCAAUGUGCUGCAUUGCUUUCCUGAAUGCGAUAUGAUUACAGAGGCAAAAAGAAUCCCAUCCAUCCCUACCCAAUCUAACAAGAUGAUGGUUGUAGGAGCUGUCUCAUUUGUAAACGAAUUAUUCAUUUUGUAUUUGAAGGAUGUUCCUGGAGAUUAUUUGGUUUAUAUUUGUUAAAGAUGUUUAAUGAUAAUAUUGGGUGCAACUGUUUGGCACAUAGUAGUUCAGUUCUACCUGAUGUAGUUCUGCGGGCUUGACUGAAUUUAUCCACCUUUACUUGUUGUUCUUGAUUCA